AUGCAGAUGACCAGGAGCUGUAGCGAAUCCGGUGAGCGAGUGGCCGGAGCGAAUCCGGUGAGCGAGUUGCCGGAGAGAUUCCGGUUCCAGAACCACGUGCACACCUACCGUAUCCUGCCAGAUGAGGAUGGAACGCUGGCCGUGCAGACGUCGCAGGGCGUGCAGACGAUCCGCUUUGCGAGCCUCACGGAGCUGGUGACCACCUACCAGCAGCCCAGCCAGGGCCUCGUGUGCCCGCUGCUCUACCCCGUGGAGCGCGAGGGGCCCGCCGAGAGCCCCGAGGAGCGAGAAUACUCAGAUUAUAAUGAGGAGGAGCGGCCCCCCCUGCCCCCCAGGGCCGUGUUUCCGGCAGGGCCCCCCACUGGGCCCCCCGCGGGGCCCCCCACUGGGCCCCCCACUGGGCCCCCCACUGCGGAGGCGUCUCGCUGUGGGGGGGCUUCCUCCCUGCUGCUGCUGCAGCAGCGAUGGCAGGAGGCCGGGGCCGCCAGCGUGGGUAGCGAGCUGGCGGCACUGGUGGGUGACUACCUGUGCCAGGGCGUGCCGGGGGACACGGAGGUGGCGCGGGGCCCAGCGGGGGGGCCAGGGGGGGGCCUCCCCCACCUCACUGCGCUCUUCCUCAACGCCUCCAGACGCCUGCACAGUGAGCUGAACUCGCUGCUGCAGGGCCUGGAGGCGCUGGGGCGGCUGUUCGAGGCGCCGCCCGGCACCCCGCUGGGGAGGGCGGCGAAGAGGGGCAGCCCCCCUCCCAGUGCACAGGAGGGUGACUUAGAGCUGCUGCUGCUGAAGCUCGCCUCUCUGCGCGACGUCUUCUCCGGCACCGAGAAGAAGGUGUUGAGGUACCUGCAGGACCCGGCUCCCCCUCCCCCGCUGGGCCCGGCUCCCGUCAAGACGGUGCGGCGCUUCCGGCUCAUCCCCAUACAGACGUUUGAGGUCAAGCUAGACGUGGGUCUGGCCGACCUGGCGAAGAUCGGCAAGUCGCAGCGCUACGAGCUGCAGGUGGACGUGGAGGGGGGGCGACUCCUCGUGCUGCGCAAGAACAAGGAGUCGGCCGAGGAGGUGCUCAUCUUCCCACACGACAAAGUGCGCCAGCUGAUCAAGUCCCAGCGGGCGCAGUCCAAGCUGGGCAUCGUGUUGGAGCGCGAGCGCACGCAGCGCAGGGACUACGCCUUCGCCAGCCCCCGGAAGCGCGAGGCGUUCUGCCAGCUGAUGCAGCAGAUGAAGUCGCGGCACUCCCGCCAGGACGAGCCGGACCUCAUCUCCAUCUUCAUCGGCACCUGGAACAUGGGCAGCAGCCCCCCGCCGGCGAGGCAGCUGGGGUCGUGGCUGACGUCACGCGGCCUGGGGCGCACGCGCGACGAGACCACGGUGGGCAUCCCGCACGACGUCUACGUGCUGGGCCUGCAGGAGAACGCCGGCGGGGAGCGCGAGUGGGAGGCCCUGCUGAGACACGCGCUGCGGGAGAUCACGGACAUCGACUACCGCAUGAUCGCCGUGCAGAACCUGUGGAACAUGAAGGUGCUGGUGCUGGUGAAGGCCGAACACGAGAACCGCAUCAGCCACGUGCAGACGUCCAGCGUGAAGACGGGCCUGGCCAACGCUCUCGGCAACAAGGGAGCGGUGGGCGUGUCCUUCGUGUUUGGAGGAACUUCCUUCGGCUUCGUCAACUGUCACCUCACCUCGGGCAACGAGAAGACGCACAGACGUAACCAGAACUACCUGGACAUCCUGCGCUUCCUGUCGCUGGGCGACAAGCGGCUGAGCUCCUUCGACAUCACCAACCGCUUCACGCACCUCUUCUGGUUCGGGGACCUCAACUACCGCCUCGACAUGGACGUGCAGGAGAUCAUGGCGCACAUCAACAAGAAGGAGUUUGAUGCGCUGCUCAAGGUGGAUCAGCUCAACCUGGAGAGAGAGAAGAGCAAGAUCUUUUUGCGCUUCAACGAGGAGGACAUCAGUUUCCCCCCCACGUACAGAUACGAGCGCGGCACCCGCGACUCCUACGCCUGGCAGAAGUUCAAGACCACCGGGGUGCGUGUGAAUGUGCCGUCGUGGUGUGACCGCAUCUUGUGGAAGUCGUACCCCGAGACACACAUCGUGUGCAACUCCUACGGCUGCACGGACGACAUCGUGACGAGCGACCACUCCCCGGUGUUCGCCACCUACGAGGUCGGGGUCACCUCUCAGUUCGUCUCCAAGAAGGGCUCUGCGGACGAGUCUCACAUCGAGCUGGAGAGCGUCGAGGCCAUCGUGAAGACGACGAGCCGCACCAAGUUCUUCCUCGAGUUCUACUCCAGCUGCCUGGAGGGUCCGUGCAAGAGUGGCGAGAAUGACAGCCAGCAGAGUGAGGUCGCCAACUUCCUCAAGGUCGGCUGGUCCCAGCUGCAGCUGCCGCUGCUGAAGCCGAUGAUUGCGGAUCUGGAGUACCUGCAGGACCAGCACAUCCUGCUCACCGUGCGCUCCAGCGACGGAUACGAGUCCUACGGUGAGUGCUGCCUGGCACUCAAGUCGAUGAUCGGCACGACGCCGCAGCAGUUUGAGACGUUCCUGUCGCACCGCGGAGAGGAGACGGGGAACGUCCGCGGCUGGAUGAAGGUUCGCGUGCCCUCGGACCGGCUGGCCACGCGCGAGCGUCUCUACGCGUGGAUCAGCAUCGACAACGAGGACCACGUCUCGACGUCCAAGAAGAAGAACCCCUCGCCAGCCGUGCCGGCGGAGACCACGGACGCAGCCGGGCCCCCCGGGCGCAAGCCGGGCGUCCCCGCGGGUUUGGGGGGUCCCUCCUCCUACGUCUUCAUGCCGGGGAAGCCGCCGGCCCCCCAGCAGGAGGGGGGCGGGGGGGGCCCCCCCCCGCCCCGGGAAGGGGGCGGCAGGAAGGGGGAGUCGAAGGCAGAGGCCGAGCCGGCCCCGGCAAAGAUCAGCAUCGACAACCCCAACUACUUCAUCCUCUUCCCCGGCUCGCCGGUGCCAAGCAUCCCCACCGGCGCGCCGCCGCCGGCCCCGGCCUCCGCCCCCGCGAGGGCCGACGCCUCGGCGGACGGCGCCGGCUCGGCCCGGCUGCCCACGCCGGCCCCGCGGACACGGGCCGGCUCCCGGCACGGCGCCGGCGGGGCGGGGGCCGCCGGAGAGAACGGCGACGGCGGCGAGGAGGAGAACGGCGACGGCUGCCCCUCGCCCAACCGGCCACCGCCGGACUACCCCCCGCCCCCGCUGCCGGGCGGCGAGGCCCGGGGGGGAGGGGCCGCCCCCCUCCGCGGAGGCCCCGCCGGCGCCGGCGCCGUCGCCGUGCCGGCCGCGGCGGCGCGCGACUGGGACGCGGAGGAGGGGGGGGGGCGGCGGCAGAGGGGGGGGGGCGGCUGGCAGGGUGGCGGUCGCGCCGUGGACACGCACAGCAUGCUGGGACUCGUGGCCGACCAGCUGAUGUUCGUUAGCCGGGCCCACCCGGAGCGGGCCGGCGGUCCCCCGGGCCUCCCGCGGCCUCCGGCGGAGACGCGUCCCGCCGACGACCGCUCGUGGUUCGCCCUGCAGAUGGCCAAGUCGCUGUACGAGGGCGACGCCGCGGGCACGGCCCCCCGCGGCCCCGCCGGGGAGGCCGCCCCGGCCCCCGGCGGGGAGGGGGGGGGCCGCCGGCGCUCGGCCAGGGGGGGCUCCCGGGCCGUGGGCCGCUGGCUCGGGGCGCUGGGCCUGGAGGCCUACGAGGCGGCGCUCGUGAGGAACGGCUGGGACGACGUCGACUACCUGGGGGAUCUCACCGUGGACGACCUGGAGGAGGUGGGGGUCGCCGACCCCGAGCACCAGCGCCUCAUCCUUCUCAACCUGCCGGCGGCGCCGGCGAGCGACACGUGACUCCGCCACGCCGCGGGGGGAAGGGGG